AUGGAGUCUUUUUUGGAUGAUCGAUUAGCAAAGCUCCAAUUUUUUUUCCAAUUUGCCAAGAUUGGAAGUGAGAAGCGUUUGUUUCGCCGAGUCCACAAGCUAUGUUUCCUUCAACUAUGGAAGAAUGCAGCUAAUUAUCUUGCAAAGAAGGGUUCCCAAAAGAAACGACACGGAAAGGUUCAGCAGAGUGACAUAUAUGCAUGGGUGUCGAAAGGCAACAGGCUAUCGGUUCCAUCGCCCAGAGGAAGACAGGGAACAACCUGUCACUCUGUUCCUGUAUCUUUACCUACUCCUUCACUUAUUAACCACCUGUCCUUGACCUUAGAGACACAUUUAAUCCCUCAUAUAUCUAAACAACUUGUGGUCUAA